UCAGUCCGACUAUUUCUUAGAUCCUAAAAUAAAUUUUGCAAUGUUUGUGUUCCUGAGAAUAUUAAUUGCAGUGGCUUUCAGUAGCAGUAUCAUUAAGCAAGUCCUGGGUGAUUGUGAUCUUGGUGCACUUCAGCUUGUCAAUGGCAGUUCAAUGUUUGAAGGGCGUGUGGAGAUAUGCUAUAAUAACACUUGGGGAACAAUUUGUGAUGAUAACUGGAGUGAGGCUAAUGCUCAAGUUGUAUGUAGACAGCUUGGAUUCUCUACUAUAGGUGCCUACUACUACAGUAAUGCAUAUUUUGGACAAGGGAAUGGUUCUAUAAUACUUGAUAAUGUUCGCUGUGAUGGAACUGAAGCUUCACUGAUACAACAGUGCAGUCAUUCACUUCCUCUAUCACAUGAUUGUGGACAUCAUGAUGAUGUUGGAGUAGUCUGUCCUAGCACACAUAACUGUACUCAUGGCUCAAUACGUCUGGUUGAUGGUUCUUACAUUGGUAGUGGGCGUUUAGAAAUAUGUAUUGAUAAUGAAUGGGGCACUGUCUGUGAUAAUGGCUGGACUAAUCUUAAUGCUCAGGUUGUCUGCAAACAACUGGGACAGAACCGUUUAACUCGUUACCAGGGAGGUAUAUUCUUUGUUAAUGCUUUUUAUGGCAAAGGAUCUGGUAGAAUAUUCCUUGAUAAUUUACAGUGCACUGGAACUGAGGACACUUUAAUACAUUGUAAUUAUAGUUCUGUUGAGUCAAGUUGUGAGCAUGAUGAUGAUGUCAGUGUGUUUUGCCUUAUUGAAAUACGCUCACCAGGAACAGUAAUUCUCUCACGUAACAAUUUGGCAUUAACCACUUACAGUAGUGGAGUAGUGAGAGUCUAUUAUAGUAGAAGCUGGGGUAAUAUUUGUGAUGAUAGCUUUUAUGGUUCGGCUGAAGCUAAUGUCAUUUGUCAUCAGUUGGGAUACACUGGAGCUUCAAGCUACUCUAGAGCUGGACUAACAAAUUAUGGCACAGAUCAACUUCCUGUAAUAUGGGAUCAAGUCAGCUGUAGUGACAGCAAUUAUUUAUCUAUUGCUCAAUGCUCCUAUUCUAUUACUACUACUAAUAGUAAUAGUGCAUGUGUUAAUUCAAACUCUAAUGAUGCUACUGUCAGCUGCUAUACCACUAGGAUAUGGAAUGCUCCAUUUCCUGGAAUGAUACGUCUUCAAGGAGCUACAUUCUCCAGUCAAGGGCGAGUUGAAAUUUAUUGUAAUGGAGAGUGGGGUACUUUAUGCAAUGCUGGUUUUGACUCACUUAGUGCAAGCACUCUUUGCAGGCAGCUAGGAUAUGACAAUCAUCAUACUUAUAACCAUUUAGAAUUAACUGGCUCACCUAAUCAACCCAUAUGGAGCUUAGAUAUUGUGAGCUCUAUUUCUGGUACUUGUUUUAAUUCAAGCAAUACAUGUCCAACUACUUCAAUAUCAAAUUGUACACAUUUACGUGAUGUCACUUUACAGUGCAGAGAAAGUGAUAGUUCAACUAAAUUGACUGUGACUACUGAAACUUGUCGUUGUGUUAGUGGAACUAUACGUCUUGUUGGUGGAUCCAAUAGUAUGGAAGGACGUGUUGAAGUAUGCAUUAAUGGAGCUUAUGGCACUGUUUGUGAUGACUCUUGGGAUAGUGAUGAUGCUACAGUUGUCUGUCGACAGUUGGGGCAUGAUACUAGAGGGACUGCAUUGCCUAAUGCAUACUUUGGGCAGGGAACAGGAAACAUAGUGAUGGAUGAUGUACAGUGUACUGGAACUGAAUUAUUUCUCGUUAACUGCUCACAUACAAGCACUAGUAACUGUAGACACACGGAAGAUGCUGGAGUCAGAUGCAGCAGCAUAACUACGCGUAAGUAG